CCGCAACCCCCGCCCGAAGCUCAUUCCUCUCCAAGCCCAUGCGUAAUGGUAGAACGGAUGAUGAACUCUCUGGUGAAAUGGGCGCUGAUCCUCUUUGUCCUCGUCUCCAUCAUUCUCAACGUCGUCCUGAUCAGCAUCCACUCCAGCAGGGCUCCCAAAUGUUCCGCUCAGCGUGUCCACCCGCUGCGGGGCAAACACGACGAACGCAGCCUCGUGUUCGCUGACCUCACCCAGGAGGAGUACUUGCAGGUCCAGCAGUACAUGAUCGAUGAGAAAGACUUGGACAUAUCGACGAACCAAAUCACCAAGCCUUCGGGAAAUUUCUUGUUUUUAAUAGACCUAAACCUGCCAAAGAAAUCGAACGCGCUGAAUUACUUGGACGGGAAAGGCGCCAAGCCGGCGAGAGAGGCGACGGUUGUGGUCUUCCACGGCGCCCAAGGCUACAUUAAGGAGUACGUAGUGGGGCCUCUUCCCAAGCCGACAUACCACAGAGAUGUCACCAAGGAGAGGUACAAGAUGGAGCUACCUAUCAGUGCGCGCACGGUCACCAUCGGGGAAUACGCUUUGCUUUUCCCGUUUUUGGAGCAUGAGGUCUUUUCCAAGCUGGAGAAGCUCAUGAAAGAGAGCUUCGACGUGGGUUCGGACAAGAAGCUGGACGCGUUUGAGCAGAUGCCCCGCGGAGUCAGAUCCGGGGACAGAAAGACCUGGAUAUCUUUCUUCAGGGAUAUGAGCGGUCUGUACAUCCACCCGGUGGGUUUUGAGGUGCUGGUCAACCACGAGAGCGUAAACGCAUCCAACUGGAGAGUGGAGCGGCUGCUUUAUAAUGGCCAAUACUUCGACACGGUAGAAGAACUUAAACAAAAAUAUGAUGCGGGGUCUGUUAAGAAAAUAGUUUACAAGGAAUCGCCAGACUAUGGUUCACUGAAACCCAGGCACAAGCCUCUGCAGGUCGGCCCGCAGCUGUUUUACGCAGACGGAAAGCGCUACAGCGUCAGCAACAAUCACGUCUUGUACCUGGACUGGACCUUCGCCUUCGGGCUAAGCUCUCUCACGGGAAUGAGGGUGUUUGAUGUGCGUUUUAAGGGUGAGAGGAUAGUCUAUGAGCUGAGCGUGCAGGAAGCCAUGUCGGUGUACGGUUCAGUGACUCCGGGGAUGAUCUUGACAAAGUUUCUGGACUCGAGUAUUGGGAUAGGUCGCUUCGCACACGAACUGGUCCGUGGCGUGGAUUGCCCCCACGAAGCAACCUACAUUGACACAUACCGCUACAUCGAUGUCCCAGUCCCGAUCAGAUAUAGGAAUUCCAUCUGCGUGUUUGAGCACAACAUGGGUCAACCCCUGCGGAGGCAUUUCUCUGACUUUUUCCAUAAGAGUUACGGGGGGAUGGUAAACAGCGCACUGGUGUUUAGGACCAUCACAGCUAUAGGAAACUAUGAUUAUAUGUGGGACUUUAUCUUCUACCAGAGCGGAUCAGUGGAGGCCAAGGUACACGCCACCGGCUACAUCUCCUCUUCUUACCUGGUAGACGGUAGUCUAAAAUACGGACAUCAGGUGGCGGAGAAGGUGCUAGGGAACAUCCACACCCAUUUCAUCAACUUCAAGGUGGACCUGGAUGUGUUGGGAGUGCAGAAUGUUUUCCAGACCAAAGACAUGGAAUAUGUCAAUGUGUCACUGCCAUGGAUGUCUAAUCACUACGCUAUGGUCCCUCAGCUGGUGGAGAAGCAACUCAAAACAGAACAGGAGGCUGCUCUUCGUUAUGACACCAAGACUCCUCGCUACCUCCACAUCGCCAGCAACCAGACCAACCGCUGGGGCCACCAGCGCUCCUACAGACUGCAGGUGUUCAGCUUUACUGGGGACCACCUUCCAGAGAGCCAGGCCGAGGAGAAGGCCAUGUCCUGGGCCAGGUAUAAGGUUGCCAUCACUAAGCAUAAGGACUUAGAGCAGACGAGCAGCAGUCUGUACAGUCAAAACAACAUCUGGACUCCAGCUGUGGACUUUAGCAAGUACAUUGAAGACAACGAAAGCAUUGAAGACGAGGACUUGGUUGCCUGGGUGACUACUGGUUUCCUCCACAUCCCUCAUUCUGAAGACAUCCCCAACACGGUAACCGUGGGCAACGGGGGCGGGGUCAUACUGCGGCCCCACAACUACUUUGACGAGGACCCAUCCAUCCACUCUGCUGAUGCGGUGUACAUUGGCCCCGGCACUGAGGACAGCUGUGACAACAACAGAAUGGCCUGCCUUGCCCAAGAGACCUGUAGCCCCGUAUUUCAGACCUUCACCUACCACGGCUUUGAGGGGGUCAUGAAGUUUGAGGAUUGGGCCUGAUUUAUUGUGCACUGCCAGGUAAUGUCUGCUGAUAUUACAGACAUGUGCUUGGGCUUAUAAAAUGAUGAAUUAAAAGUUAAAAUUCACAACUUUAGCACAUUAACUACAAAUCAUGCAUACAUUAAAUAACUGCUGAGCAUUUUUCAAGCAUGGAAGCAUCUACAGUGAUUUCCUCUCUUCCAGGUAGCCAUUGGUUUCCAAUCAUUUAAUUUCAAUCAUAUGAAGAAAUCAACUUACAUCGACUUGAAACAUGCUUGAGGUAGCUAAACAGAGUCAAACAAUGUUAUAUAAUUGCUUUAUCAAUCAGUUACAUUGUCAUCACAUGAUAAUGUAGUUACAAACUUUUCAUAAUUCUUCCUGUUGUGUUCAAGGAUGCUCUGAUAUGUGAGGACUAUAACUUAAUUUAACAGAAAAACCCAGCAGACUGCUUACAAGGUUCAAGAUAACGGUUCAAGGGCACGUCCAAUGCUGCUUGACUUUGUAGUACCUUCAUGCUACACACAUAGAACAUAAAAGGCAGGUACAUUUAUAUUAUUUACAAUAUGGUCAAAAUAAAAAAAAUAAACAAUUUAGGUUUAUUCAACCUUACUAUAGCCUACAUAUGUAUACAACUCAGGAAAUUAUUCUGCAGGGCUUUUUUGUUGAAUUUGCGACUGGGUGGAAUGUCAACACCAGCAACAAUACAGUAAUAAUAGUAGUAGUAAUAAUAAUAAUAGUUUUUCUCAUCUUCACAUAAAAAGUCUGACAUUUGAUAAACAGUGUCCAUCCACUUUGACUGCAUUUGAGCGCCAAGCAUCAUCGACAGAAAGAGCUACUCUUUUAUCCAAACCCCGGCUUAUUUUCAGAUUACUGUAUUUCUGUCAUUGUGUUUCAAAUUUUAUUUCGAAAAAUGAAUAAAUAAGUAACAGAUGAUAAAUGUGAUGUAAACAGAUGUUGUAGUACAAUAGUUGUAGUUAUUAGAUUAACAGAAAUAAGGGUUGUGCCAACACUAUUUUAGGAGUGGGAAAUGUAUUACUUUGUUUACAAGACUAUUCAAUGCAAGCUGAUUUUUAUCAGUACUAAUUGUUGCCAUCACUCAAUUGUUUUUCAAAACAAUAUGAUGAUAUUCUUAGAAAUGUGAUUUAUGGUUUAAGAUUUUGCAAGGGAAGAUGCUAUCAUCUUUUCAUUUCAGUAAUGUUUGCAAUCACUUUUGCUUUUAGGCCAGCAGUCACCUUUAGGAUGAAGUCAAAAUGUAUCCAAAUGGUAUUGGGAAGAAAAAAUCUUUAUUUCUCUAUCUGUGCUUCUUACUGAUGAACCACUGUGAUAUAAACUGGGUACACGUUAUAAACUGACACUGUACAGUCAGCUGUGUGUAAAUGCGUGCACUGACAAAUAUGACCAAUCAGUCCAAAGCAGGGUCACUCUCUGAUGUGGCUUGAGACUGGGACUACUGAAUAUCUGAUUCACUAUUCAUAUAUUCACGUGUUUUUCUACUGUUGUUGUUUCCUCUUAAAAUAAAAGAUGAGAUUAUA